CCCACUCCGCUGUGCCCUCACGUCGCCUGACUACACUUGGAAAAGAAAACUGGGCUUAGAAUAGAAACACAUUAACUGGUGCCCGCAGACUAACUAGCUUCAGGCAGACAUCUUCUCCGAGGUUGUCGGUGUGCAGGUUACACGAUGGAUUACGACCAAAGAUACAAAAGGAACCAGGUAAACCCCGAGGAAAACCAAAACACCAGACACCCGAGACAGAUGACAGAUGUGUCUGGACAGGAUCAAACACUUCCAAAUCCAAAUGUUCACGGAAAUCCACAAGUGCCAACUGGACAGCCACGGUACUCAGAUGGAUACACCAUUAUCCCACCAAAUGAAUCUAAGCGAAACGAGAUGAAAACAAUUGCUCAAAAAGAAGAAGAGGCUCUUAACAGAUGGAAAGAAACACAGAGAGUCCCCUCUGUAUGUGUGAAUCCAGAGAGGCUUGGUGGUGAUGUCACACUGGCUGAAGUCAGGCAAAAACAGCAAAUAAAUCAUCAAUCCAUGAAACUGCAGAAGAAAGCUGAGCGUCUACUGGAGAAGGAGCAGCAGGAAGAUCAGAGGAGGAGGGAGGAGUUUGAGCAGGACCGCCUCAGGUUAGCCCUGGAUCGGGGUCGCUUGGGUUUCAUUGCUGUUGCCUUCUG